GGAAGCAGGAAUAAGGGUAAAUUAGCAAUUAUCUCGGGUGACUCCAGAUUCCCUGUUUCCCACUGUCCGGCUCACUACUCCUCUUCCUCCUCGCCCACCGAACAUUUCGAACCAUAGCGGCCAAAGAAUCCACACUCCUGCCCACUCCUGCCUCCGGCGGGUAGAACCGAGUCUUCGGGCGCGCGUCAUUUUUCCAUUUUCUCCAUUUAAGUAUUCCAUUCGGUAUUUCUCUUUACUUAGGUAUUACUGUAUUCACGCUACUCUGCGUAGUACACUCCUACAGCCCUCCAAGUAGGUUAGCACACCGAGUCUUAGUUCAUCCUCCUUUUCAUCCCAAGUCAAAAUCAGCUUGUCAACCCGUACAGUAGAUGCUCAUGCUCAUAUUCUUACAUUCUUAUACGCGCGGAUCACCCGUCUAUCAAAGUGCGCGCUAAUGCAGACGAUUAUGAAAUGAUAACCGAGGUAGAAAGAGACUCGAGCUUCUGAACCUUCAGAGACUUGAAACAAACUAGGUACAAUGCAGCAAACUCACCUUGUCUCGUCUAUCUAAUAUUAUUUAACAUGUAAUACUUACAGGAAGCAGUUCCUGAGUUUCCACACAGAUGCAUGCAUGCACCGCCCCAUGUUUGGAGUGGCUUCAUCAUCUACUUACUGACCUUUCUACCUGCUUACCCAGAUACCUAGUACCUAAUGAGGGCCAGUUGGAGGGUAGCCCUUCGCUGGAAAAAUCGGAUAAAAACCUGCGUUGCGCUGCUUGUCCCCGAUCCAACCUGCCGGGUGUGCCACACGUUACCUUGGUACCUAUCGGAUCCUAACCUUCCCACAUACCAGGUAGGUAAGUACUGCAAGUACUUCGUAUGGCACACCACCAACGCUCAUUUCCACUGCUGUUUGAGAACAAAUGACCUCUCCCUUGGGUGGCUUUCGCAAUCUGGCCUUGUCAGUAUCCGCUGCACACGAAGUACAUUAAGUAUUCACCGCAGAUGACAAACAUCAGGCCACAAUAGUCGGCUUUCAUUGCCACCAGCUUGGGACAGUGAGCCCGUUGUUGAACUACCGAGUGAGGCUAUGGUGACAGACACUUGGGUGUGCCAG